CCCUUACACACUGCCUGGGUGUGUGUUUGACUGCUCUAAGAGGAUGCAGGAUGUGGAUGAAGAGGAGAAACAUUUGAUCCUGAAACAAAGACCUGGUCUGAGAUCAGCUCCGGUUCUCGGAGUCAAGAUCUGGAAGCUGUUUCCCUGAUCCUGAUUUUGCGAUUGAAUCUGAAAUGCUGCGUCUGGAGAGGAAGUACAGUUUCCUUGGUCUGACUCUGUUUGGAGGAUGAAGCAGUAGAGAAGAUGGAAGCCACAGCUAUACGUUGCAGUCUCCUGGCCGUGAGCACGGACAGCCAGAUGUCGGCCUGAGGCUGCAGCGGACAUGGAGAGUCUGCGUGAGCUUGGACGCCGUCUUACUCCUUCUCACUCUCUCUCCACUCUGGUGCUGGUUCUGCUCCGUCUGUUGGGUUCCGUGCACAGCUGUCCUGGCAUCUGCACCUGUUACGGCAACACAACCGACUGCUCUUCCCUUGGACUUCUCUCUCUGGCACCUAUCCUAGCUCUGUUGAACCAGGACACUGUUUUUCUGCGCCUAUCGCAGAACAACAUUUCCUCUCUUGGCAAGACAGGACUGUCCAACCUGAGCAGCCUGGAGCUCCUGGAUAUUUCCCAGAACCAUUUUUCCUCGCUGCAGUCUGGUGUCUUCUCAGGCUUGAGCGGCCUACGUUGGCUCAACCUUUCCUCAAACUACCUCGGAGUACAUUUGGCAACAUCUGAGGCCAACGACAACGCAGAUGCAGCACAGGGCUCCAACGCAAGUCAGGGAUUGAGCAAAGACAUUUUCAAGGGUUUGUGGCAGCUGCAGGUGCUUGACUUGUCUUCUAAUGGCCUCCCCUGGCUGCCAAAGGGCUUACUAGAUGGGCUCCAGAGGCUCAACUGGCUGUCGUUGACCAAGAACCAGCUCGUGGCUCUGGACAGAGUGACCUUUGAGCCUCUGGUGCAUCUUCAGCACCUGCAGCUCAUUGGAAACCCCUGGGAGUGUGACUGCAAACUAAGAGACUUCAAGUACUGGAUGGAGUGGUUAAUAUUCAGGGAUGGACAAGUAGACGCCAUGUGGUGCAGCCUCCCAGCUGAUGUGAAGGGCAGGGAUAUCCGCAGCAUUCCCGCAGAGAUGUUCAGCCAUUGCAUGCACAGUCCAAAGAAGGAGGGUGGGUCGGGUCACGCCACCCGGUCCUCCUGCCCAUCUGCCCGUGGAGGCGGCAGCGAGGAAUGUGUUCGACAGCGUUACAGGCCCGUGAGCGUCCGUCGGGCACAUGGCACACAGAUUGUUGUGGGUGUUGUUUGUGGCACGGUGUGUGUUCUCAUGGUGGUUGCAGCGACUUAUGGCUGUGCCUACGCCUCACUGAUGGCACGGUACCAGAGGGAGAUGAAGAGCCGCGGUCAGCCGCUGAUGGCCGAGUGCGGAGCAGAGACAGACCAAGAGGACGGACAACUGACAUCCCUGACGUCCCUGACCUCACCGGAGCAGACACCACCCAAAGAGGCCUAUGGUGUCGUGCAUGGCUAUCGCAUCAGUAGCUUCUGACACAAUUCCUUCCAGAACAAUCUGGCUGCCCCUGCUGCCUGAUUCCUUAUCACUGAUGAGGCAUUUGGAGAGAGAAACCCUGCUGCUCUGGCUUUGUGCUGAAAAUCUCCAUGAGCAACUGAUUAUGCUACAGGGAAAGAAAAACUGGACUAGACUCAGUAGAACUAGAAAGCUGCAGCUUGUCUUUUAAUGUAUGGAAGCUCUGUGAAUUGUUACUCCCUGUGCUGCGUCUCUCAGCCAGCUUUUAAACUCCUCUGGAGCCGCAGUUUGGCACUUUGCACCUUGACUUUCCUUCAAACGUCUGUUUGUUUUUGUUUUUUUCCCUUUAGGAAUAAGAAACAGUUGUCUGUUGUCUGAAGAACACCCUUAGGAAGUUGCAUGUACGUUUUACUUUAACAUACUGUGUUCAAACGCUAGAGGACGCUGUUGAACUCUGUCCCGAAAUAGACAUUUUUAAUCAUGUCAGAAUCUGCUGCUGUCAAGGAAUUGCUGCUUCAAGCCUCAAGUGAUAGACUCAUUUAUAGAACUACUAGCCCUCUACUGCCUCCUGGAGGACAGGGCCUGAGCUACAAUAGUUUCAUAUCAAGCACAAACCCAGAAACUCAAUGCAACAGCCAAUAAUAUCAAAGUAAGAGAUGUUAGUGGGAAAACCCAUGCUAUAGAACAAAUGAGACCGUCAGUCUACACAACUACUGUCAGUGUUCACUGCUGUUUGAGGAUGGUCCAUAUUUCUGUGAAUCAGAAGUAUGGCAUCAGUUAACUCAAGGAUGAAAUAAUAAACUCUAUAUUUAUUUAAUA